AUGGCUACCAGUACACUAAAGCCUCUGACGGUCUACGGCCACUGGGGAGCGCCCAACCCGUACAAGAUACGCAUCAUCCUUGAGGAACUUGGUAUUCCUUUCGACUGGCGCAUUGUCGAACUUGCCGAUGUCAAGUCCGAGUCGUUCACCAAGGUCAAUGUGAAUGGCCGCGUGCCCGCAAUCGUGGAUCCCAACACUGGAAUAACGCUGUGGGAGUCUGGCGCGAUCAUCCUAUAUCUGAUCGACGAGUAUGACAAAGAUGGGAAGCUGUCCUACAAGAGCGCUCCUGAAAAGUACCUACAGCAGCAGUGGUUGAUGUUUCAGGUUUCAGGCCAGGGACCAUACUUCGGCCAAGCCAUCUGGUUCACAAAAUACCAUCCUGAGAAAAUCCCAAGCGCCAUCACACGCUACGUUGAUGAGAUAGAGCGGGUUACUUUCGUGCUUGAUACUCAUCUCACCACCACGAAGCAAGCCUAUCUUGUGGGGGAUACAUGCACAUAUGCAGAUCUGUCGUUUAUCAAUUGGGCCAAUCUCGCAAAGGACUUGCUGAAGCAUCUGGGGCAGGAGAAGCGGUUGGAUAAGUUUACAAAGUACAACGAGUGGAUGGAGCGGUUGGCAAGCAGAGAGGUUGUCAAGAGCUUGAAUGAAGACAUGGAGAAAGGCAGGAGAGAACAUGGGCUCUAG